CUAUGACAGCGCGCUAAUGACUGGGUAUGGAAAGGACUGUCCAUCUGUUGGUGAAGUUAUCUUCAAACUUGGCACAGCACUGCAUCACCAGGGACAGUUGAAUGAAGCAAAAUCAUGCUAUGACAGCGCCCUAACGACCGGUUAUGGUAAGGGCUGUCCAUCUCUGGGUGCAGAAAUCUUCACACUUGGCACGGAAUUACGUCAUCAGGGACAGUUGAAUGAAGCAAAAUCAUGCUAUGACAGCGCCCUAA